CGCCUGCGGACACGGCCAGAGACAGCCAGAGAGACAGCGAGGAGAGGCAGCACCGCCCAUAGACUUACACACCGCACCGUUACACCUGUUAUUUCUGUAGUCGCGGAGGAUCACAGAAAGGGACGAUGGUGUAGGCGAAGGCAGAUUUCUGUCCGCGUGAAUUGGUGAAUGUAAUUCCUUUACAUUGGCCGGUUGGUGAGCGCGCGAGCGGCGCCCGGUUUUUUCCGUCCCCGACAGCCGCCUCCUCUUCGAGAGAUACGUGCCGAUGCGAUUCUUCAGACUCACCUUCAAGUGUUUCGUGGAUUGUUUUUGAAGGUGCCCUUUCAAUUCGGUGAUAAUUUUUUUGUUUCCUUUUUACGCGCGAUCCUCUUCCACAUCUUAUUCACGGUUAUUUCUGCGGACGAAAUUUUUUUAUUUAUUUAUUUAUUUUUAUCUGACAAACACCUCCCCAAGAAGCCUGACUGAGAAAUUAUAAACGAUUGAAAAAAAGAAAAGAAAAGAAAAAAUAUGCCCAUAUUUUAAAUAAAAACAAUCCUUUUUUAAAAAGAAGCCUUUAUUAAAAGAACAGACAGAGAGGACCAGAUCCUGUUAACCCUUUAACAGGUUUGAACAGAGAAGAAGAACAGAAGGACAUUUUUUUGGUGUCAAUAAAGGAAAUUGGCACGAGCCGAACAGAUACAGAGAAAAAAAAGGAACAAAGAGAUUUGGGAUUAUUUCCAAUCCCAGAGGCAUUGACUGAUUUUUUUUUUUUAAUUUUUUGGGGGUUUUUUUUCCUUUAUUUUAUUAGGGCUCUGUGGGUGUCUGAGUGAGUGUGUGAACGUGUUGUGUUUAGGAUGGAGAAGAGCGAGAAGAGCGCACUCGGCACGGACUGCAGCGUGGUGGACAUGGGGACGGAAUGCUGCGUGCUGGCCAUGUCGGAGGAGAAGAAAGGCCACCUCAUUCCCAACGGGAACCACCAGGCCGCGAACGGCUCUCUGAUCAGCGCAAACGGCAAGAAGAAGCGCGUCCAGCCGGAGAGAGAGACAUGGACCCGGCAGAUGGACUUCAUCAUGUCCUGCGUGGGCUUCGCCGUCGGUCUGGGGAACGUGUGGCGCUUCCCGUACCUCUGCUACAAAAAUGGUGGAGGAGUCUUUCUCAUUCCCUACAUUUUGUUUAUAUUCCUCGGUGGAAUUCCUAUCUUCUUCCUGGAAAUUGCUCUGGGCCAGUUCAUGAAGGCUGGAAGCAUCGGUGUGUGGAACAUCGCUCCACUCUUUAAAGGACUCGGCUAUGCUUCCAUGGUUAUAGUGUUCUUCUGCAACACUUACUACAUCAUGGUCCUGGCAUGGGGUUUCUAUUACCUCAUCAAAUCCUUCACCUCCACACUGCCGUGGUCCACCUGCACAAACUACUGGAACACUAAGGACUGCAUCGAGACUUUCCGCCACGACGCCUGCAACAACGGCUCCAUCGGCAACUACACCUUCAUGAACAAGACCUGCGAGGAGUUAGAGAACGCCACCUCUCCUAUCAUUGAGUUCUGGGAGAAUAAGGUGCUGCGUAUCUCCAGUGGUUUGGACAAUCCAGGUCAGAUCAACUGGGAGAUGACUCUGUGUCUGAUGGCUGUCUGGGUGAUGGUGUACUUCUGCGUAUGGAAGGGAGUAAAGUCUACAGGAAAGAUUGUCUACUUCACUGCCAUGUUCCCUUAUGUUGUCCUGAUCAUUCUUCUGGUGAGAGGUGUGACCCUUCCUGGGGCCUACAGUGGCAUCAUGUACUAUCUCAAACCUGACUGGUCAAAGCUUAAACAAGCACAGGUCUGGAUCGAUGCCGGCACCCAAGUGUUCUUUUCUUAUGCCAUCGGACUCGGAGCCCUGACCGCUCUUGGCAGUUAUAACCGAUUCAACAACAACUGCUACAGGGAUACGUUCGUGUUGUCACUGAUAAACAGCGGCACCAGUUUCUUCGCUGGCUUUGUGGUUUUCUCCAUUCUGGGCUUCAUGGCUGCUGAACAGGGUGUGGACAUCUCAAAAGUGGCAGAGUCGGGGCCGGGCCUGGCGUUCAUCGCGUAUCCUAAAGCCGUGUCCAUGAUGCCCGUGGCACCGGUGUGGGCCGCACUCUUCUUCCUCAUGCUGCUGAUGCUGGGGCUGGACAGUCAGUUUGUUGGAGUGGAAGGCUUUGUAACUGGCAUCCUGGAUCUGCUCCCUUCGAAGUUUAACAAAAGAGAACUCACUGUGGCGAUCUGCUGCAUAUUGUGCUUUGUUAUAGAUCUCUCCAUGGUUACACAGGGAGGGAUGUAUGUCUUCCAGCUUUUUGACUAUUAUUCAGCCAGUGGAAUGACCCUGUUGUGGCAGGCAUUCUGGGAAUGCGUGGUUGUCGCCUGGGUUUAUGGUGCUGAUAAGUUUAUGGAUGACAUUGCCCGUAUGAUCGGUUACCGGCCUUUCCCUUGGAUGAAGUGGUGCUGGUCGUUUCUUACUCCAUGUGUUUGCAUGGGAAUAUUUGUGUUCCAACUGGUGAACUACAAGCCUCUUACCUACAACAAUGUGUACGUGUACCCGUGGUGGGGGGAGAUGAUCGGAUGGUUCAUGGCUCUCUCCUCCAUGCUCUGCAUCCCUAUCAGCGUCGUCUACAAACUCAUCACAGCCAAAGGAUCCUUCAGACAGCGCUGGGAGACUCUGAUCAAACCGGUGUGGGGGGCACAUCAUCUGGAGUACAUGCCACCCGACGCGGACGUGAGAAGCCUGUCGUCACUGUCCCCGGGCACCGAAGACAACAAGGUCAUCAUCUUCGAGAGCGGCAUGUAGCCGCAAAGAUGGGAGGAUCCGCCCUGGAGCCGAAGACAAGCCAAUAAUGAAGCUGCCUUGAUUCCAAUUCUGAAUAAAUCGUCCUACUGUAAGCUGAUGACUCCUUCACGUCAUCGGGGCAAGAACUUCCGGGGUUGAAAUUGCUGCUCUUUCUAAUUCACUCCUGCAGCUCCGUAGGAUUUUCGCAGCACACUAUUAGCUUGUCGUCGACUUUAAGGGAGACGCGCAGCAGGAGAGGGAGUCUAGCUUGGUGUAGCUCUUUCUUACCAUCACCUCCUCAGGGCAGAAUUCCCACAAUCCUCCUCGUUCAGCCUGGCACAGAUAAACCUUACAGAUAUGUGUGCUUGAUAUGAGGAGGAUACCUACUGAUGUCCAUUUCAACCUUCGCUCAUUAACGCCCGGUUAAACAUAGACACAGUAAUUGGGUCCAUUGUAUUUAAAACUAAGGGCCAAAAUAGGUGAUCUCUGAUUACAUUCUCCCUCUGUCAUUAUAUAGUAUUACGUAGAAUCCGAUGUAUUUGUGUAUAUCUAGGUCAGACCAAUAACGUGUCACUAAAAUACGAGACAAAAGUGUUAGGGUUAAACGUUAAAAUAGAAAAGAAACACAUGCUCUUUUGUCUUUUUUUUUUUUUUUUUUUAAUUUUUUUAUUGACUGACCAGUGAGGUACGAAGUAAUCAGAUCGUACGUCGAACAAUUCCUUUUAUUGCACAGUCUAUAGAGGUUUUUUUUAUUUAAUGUGUAUUCAUUUUAAUUAAUUAAAUUAAUUAAUUUUUUUUUUUUUUUUUUUUUUUUGUAAAAAGAAAACUCACUUUGCGUGCCAAACAGUAAACUUCCUUCGUCUCUCUCAGAGACAGGAAGCUCUCAUUGCCAUAAAAAGAUCCAGAUCUCACCUGCCGAGUUGAGUUUUUUUAGGUUAAGGAUUUGUACUUUUUUUUUUGUGUGUGUGCUUUUAAGUAAAUGAUUAUAAAUCUGAUGGAGCAUAUGUGGUGACGACAAACUAAAAAGCAUCACUUCUGCAUUUUGCACAUUUUUUUGGACACUAAUUUCAAAAUUGGCUUCAUUUUCAAGCAGAGACGAUGAGAGUGGAUGUAACAUGAAGUGAUGAGUGAACGCUACGGGGAUAAGCGAUAACGGUGAGGAUGAGGAUUUAAAGGAGUACUUCAGCCUUUUCUUAACCUUUUUCGAACAUAUCGAUUGUGCAUGUGCAGUUACCAUGGAGACGAAUUUCAACUUAUUUCCUUAUGGCGAGGGGAAAAAGAAAGAAAGAGAGAAAAUGGCAGGUGUUUGGGCAGUCGAUGUUGUGGGUUGCUCCCACUUUGGGGUCGCCACAGCAGAUCAUUUGGUCCACAUGUUUCAAUUUGGCUCCUUACACCAGAUGCCCUUCCUGACGCAACCCUCCCAUUUAACCCAGGCUUGGGACCGGGACUGGGAGUUAACUCUUCAGUGGCUGGGAAUCGAACCCGGGCCUCGGCAAUGACAGCACGGGAUACUGCCACUGGACCACCGGGAUAAAUGUUUAAAAUGUACACAUAAUUAUACACUAAAAAUGACUGUAAGGACACUCCAACAAGGAUGAGACGAACAUGACCUCUUAGUUUUGUCAAAUUGGUGCAAAAAAAGAAGUAAUUCUAUACACAACUUUAUACACAAAUAUUCUACUAAAACACUAAAAUGUUUCGUGAAAUGGUUUAUUGACACGCUUUAACUUCUGGCCUUAGACUUAAAUUAAAAAAUAAAAAAUCUUUUUCCUGGUAAUGACGCACAGCACAUAUAUGUUGUGCUGAAGUACUCAUUAAACAAUCGGAAUCAUGACGAAUCUCCUCACUGAUUGGUCGCUACGCAGACAUUUGCGUAUCUUAUAUCUUGCUUAGCUUUUAAUUUAAAGGCGAGUAGAAAACCACAGCGAAUGAAGGGAUGUAGCGCGUAGCUCCCGGGGUGUUAUAACACUCUUGUCAUAUGAUAGUAGGGAAUAACGGAUUGUCGUCGUGAAACCCGUGCAGAAGCGAUGCACAGUCGGUGUCGUCGGGAUAACUGUUGCCAAACUUUGCCUUUAAUUGUUUGUUUUUCAGCGUAAGAGCCCAUUAAUGUCUAACUGCACUGUGGGAAUUCUGCCCUCCUUUCCUUUCCUUACUCUAAGCCUUUCUAACACCAUUGAACUCUAGAAACUUUUAGAAUGUAAAAAAAAAAAAAAAAAAAACCAAGUAGAUGUUCAAUUUUAACGUUAACUUUUCGUUUGUUUUACAUGACGUGAAAGAGAUCAGAGAUUUAUUUUGUGAAGGCUUUUAUUUUGCUGAUAUACAUCUGUCUAUAUAUGUAAGUAUAAAUAUACAUAUUGAAUAUCUGUGAGGUAUAUUUUAAAAGUUUGCUGCAGGAUGAAUUUUUUGAUAAAGAUACAACUGUGGAAAGGGAGUUCAUAACGAUACGAUUCAGAGAGAAAUAUUAAGACGGCACAUCGCGUUGUCUGUUAGAAGUAUCAAGCUCGUGCGUGGGUGUGUGUGUGUGUGUGUGAGUGUGUGUUAUGUGUUAGAUUUCAGUAUUUUUCAGCUGACCACCCAGGGACCAAACACAACAGAUCUGAUUUCUACGACGAUCUCCUGUACGUUUUAAUCACUAAAAAUACCUGAUCUCAGUAGAUACGGCUGAGUGCAAAAGUUUAAACCCCCUCAGAUAAGAUAGUGUAGUGUGUUAAACAUUAUAGGUGCUCCUUUAUUAUAAGAGUAAUAAAAAAUAAAAAUGUGUUAAGGUAUAAAUAAGGGCCAAACCCCCCCCAAAACUGUCCAUUUAUUUUUCUAAAUCUCAUAUUCCUUGGUGAAUCGUAGAACUGCCUCGAACCUCCUUUUUGUCUAAUAGAGCCGUUUUAUUUUUUCACUCAGGGGGAUGUAAACUUUUGCACCCAACUGUACCACAAAUAAUCCGAUCUAAGAGACUCGGCUUCUGAGCUCAUUUGUUUUUUACGAGACCUUUUCAUCCAACUGUAACCAGCGAAGCAGAACACACUCGUUACGACACUUUCGUCGCCAAGCGCUUGUCCGUAUUCAUGUCACCGUAUGCGAUCAUAACGUAUCGUAACGUAUUAGACACAAGCGACCUUGGAUCAAAAGCAGACAUCAUUCCAAAGCACCUUCGAUGCAGUAUUUUCCCGAAGUAUCCUAGCGAGCUUAGUGAAGCUGCUUGUAAUGAUCACAGCUCUGAAGUGUUCUGGGUCACAUGUCUAAGGUAUUAACCAGGCUGAAACGUUUUUUAUUUAUUUAUUUAAUAUACACAUAAAUAAUCUAUGGCCAGUUUAUUAGGAAACAAAGGUCAAAGUCAUACCUCAGAACUUUCACGCCUGGUAUGCAGGCAUUCCUAAUGAAGUGGUGUUCCGUAACAUCCGGUAGCUCCGAGUUUGAGGAUCUGGUUCUCUCCAUCGACGAACAGCACCCCCUGGGAUGGUCAGCUGAUCGUAGUCAUUGUAUGUAGAAAAGAAAAAAAAAAUUAAAAACAACAACAUGAACAUCACCAAAAAAAAAAAAAGAAAAAAAAAAUGUUGUUCUUGACAGUAGCUUUGUCCCAAAGACUUGCUCACUGCAAAUGAACUGUGGUUUGUUCUAGAUAACGUAGUAAUGUUAACGAAAUAAUGCUAAGAUUUUAGAGCGUAUAGAUAAGAUUUCUUUAAUCGGCAAAUUUUUACCUUACUUAAUGAACUGAUUAGUAAAGGAAUUGAUUAAAAAGAAACAUUUCAUCGAAUUCAUCUAUAUUUCUAAACAAACUUAAAGAACUAACUUUUACUCUUCUAUCAAUUGAAAGCUGUUCAAUGUAAUCAAAAUCUAUCAGCUGAACAUAUGAUCUGUAUGUUUUACAAGUUAAAUUAACCAGCAGUAACCUUUUCUUUUUUCUUUUUAAAUAAUAAAAAAAAAGCAUUCUAUUGGAAAAGCAAUGAUUUUUUAAAAGAAAUAAAAAAAUAUAUAUAUAUAUAUGGCGAACUCUUUUCAUAGUUCAGCUCGUCGUUCAGACUAGUUUCGUAGUUCAACACUUUGGGCUGAAAAUGUUUCGAAUCUAACUCGAGAAAAAGAAGUUCAUUUCUUGACGUAGAUAGAGCACAUCGUAGACCGAAACGCUAAAGCUUUGGGUCAGGUUACUGUCUGGAAGAUUCUCUUAUGAACAUAGUUAACUUAAGUGUUUAACUCUUACAUCGUUGUGCUUUGUGACAUGCUGUGAGACGUAACCACAGUCUUCCAUUCGUAAGCUGAAGUAGUAAUAACAUAACGACUCGUGCUGUAAAAGUCAUUUGCUCGUGCAGGAUCAUUCAUGAUGUUGAUGUAUGAAGGGCUUCAUGCUUUAUACCACUGUGACUGUGUGCUGAAGAUCCACUCACCCAUAUCAGAGCAACAACCGGCAAUAAACGAACUAACUCCAUGGCAACAA